AUUCAGACUCCUUUGAUAUAAAUUUCUGCCCACCGGGACGAACCAUCCCGGCUAAGCAAAACCCGCUCACCGUCGAACGUCUCUCCCUGCACGGUUCCACCGAUUGAUUGCCUUCCGCCAUGGAAUUUCCGUACAUGGAAGCUGUUGUUGGCUUCAUGAUAUUGAUGUAUUUUUUCGAAACUUAUUUGGAUCUUCGGCAACAUGCUGCUCUGAAACUGCCUACUCUUCCAAAAACUCUUGAAGGAGUUAUAAGCCAAGAGAAAUUUAAAAAAUCCCAGGCCUACAGUCUUGAUAAAAGCCACUUUCAUUUUGUUCAGGAGUUUGUAACUAUAGUGAUGGAUUCUUCAAUACUGUUUUUUGGAGUACUUCCAUGGUUUUGGAAAAAAUCUGGAGAGUUUGUUGUGUUGGUUGGCCUCAAUGCUGAAAACGAAAUUCUCCACACACUUGUGUUUCUAGCUGGGGUCAUGAUUUGGUCACAGAUCACGGGCCUACCAUUUUCUCUCUACUCAACUUUUGUGAUUGAAUCCCGCCAUGGUUUCAAUAAACAAACAAUAUGGUUAUUCUUCAGGGAUAUGAUUAAAGGGAUUUUGUUGUUUGUCAUACUUGGCCCACCAAUUGUGUCUGCAAUCAUUAUAAUAGUACAGAAAGGAGGACCGUACCUUGCCAUCUAUCUUUGGGCAUUUAUGUUUACAUUAUCUCUUGUGAUGAUGACCCUUUAUCCCAUUCUUAUAGCCCCUCUUUUCAACAAAUUUACCCCUCUACCUGCAGGUGAUCUCAGGGAGAAGAUUGAGAAACUUGCUUCCUCCCUCAAGUUCCCACUGAAGAAGCUGUUUGUUGUUGAUGGAUCAACGAGGUCAAGUCAUAGCAACGCUUACAUGUAUGGUUUCUUCAAAAACAAGAGAAUUGUCCUUUAUGAUACAUUGAUUCAACAAUGCAAAAAUGAUGAGGAAAUUGUUGCUGUUAUAGCACAUGAGUUGGGGCAUUGGAAGCUAAAUCAUACGAUGUAUUCAUUCAUUGCUUUACAGAUUCUUACACUUUUGCAAUUUGGGGGAUAUACCUUGGUGAGGAAUUCCAGCGAUUUGUUUAGAAGUUUUGGGUUUGAUACUCAGCCAGUGCUUAUUGGACUCAUCAUAUUCCAGCACACUGUGAUACCUCUUCAGCAUCUGGUAAGCUUUGGUCUCAACCUUGUGAGCCGAUCUUUCGAGUUCCAGGCUGAUGCCUUCGCAAAGAAACUCGGUUAUUCUGCACCUCUUCGUGCUGGUCUUGUCAGACUACAGGAGGAAAAUUUGUCUGCGCUGAAUACAGAUCCCUGGUAUUCUGCUUAUCACUACUCUCAUCCUCCACUAGUUGAAAGAUUGGCUGCACUCGACCAAGCGGAUAAGAAAGAAGAAUGAUAGCCAAUCGUGCUCAUUAUAUUGUAUCUACCAAGGUGAUUUGACGUUCUACACUAUCUGAUUGACUUUGUUAGGCGAGGGUAGGGGAAGAGAUGAGAGAAGGAAUUUCCCCAAAGGAAGAGGGAGGCAUGAUUGUUCUUAGUUUUACCCCCAAAAAGUUCUUUUUUUUCUCUAUAUCUUUUCUUGUUAUUGACCUAACUACCGUGAAGGCAACGAGCGAGAAACUAGCAACGAAUAUCAUAUUUGUCAAUCUGUAUGAACUAGAUCAGACUCUUUUGAAUAGCAUUCGUGAGGUAGAAUUAUGUUCUUAUUUUUACCAUUAGUGUAAUUCUGCUUACAAUAUGCAAUUUUGUCAAUACUUGGCUGCA